CUCCUCCUCCUCUCAAAUUAACCAACUUUGCAUUAAGGACACUGAAACAUACAACCACACUCACCUUCAAAAGCAAAUUUGGGCACUCACCUUCUUCUCUUCCCACUCUCUCACUCUCUCUCUCUCUCUCUCUCUCUCUCUCUCCAUCCACCUAAUAAAACCUAGCAGCAGUGUCCACUGAAUUCUUUCUCUCUUUCUCACAAACUAAAAAAACCCAAUCCUAAAACCGGAACCAAUGCCCCAAUGUCAGACCCAUCAUCAUCCACCAACAUCCCUCCUUCAGCCAUUGUAGUCCUUACCGAGCCACCUUCCUCCCCUCCUCCUCCUCCUCCUCCUCCUCCACCUCCUGCUCCUCCUUCUCUUUCCCGUGACUACCGCAAAGGCAACUGGACUCUCCACGAAACCCUUAUCCUCAUCAACGCCAAGCGUCUCGACGACGAGCGCCGCUCCCGCCCUUCCUCCCCCUCCCCUUCUCCUCGCUCUGCCGACCUCCGUUGGAAGUGGGUCGAAAACUUCUGCUGGAAAAACGGCUGCCUUCGCAGCCAAAACCAAUGCAACGAUAAGUGGGACAACCUCCUCCGUGACUACAAGAAAGUCCGUGACUACCAAGCUCGUAUCUCCUCUUCCUCCCUUCAUACCUCUACUGCUACUACUAACAAUAAUGCUUCAUCUUCCUCCUCCUCCUCCCUUUCUUACUGGUCCAUGGAUAAGCACCUCCGCAAGGAUCUCAACCUCCCUUCCAAUCUCUCUUCUGAGAUCUUUGAAGCUCUCAACGACGUUCUUUCCCGCCGUAACUCUCUCCGUUCUAGCUCCAACCCUUCUCCUUCCCCUCUCUCCUCUCGUCUUCCUCCUCCUCCUCCUCUCCCUCCACCACCUCCUCCUCCUCCACCACCACAACCGCAACCACAACCACAACCACAACCACAACCAUCCGUUUCAGGAGAGUUGUCGGAGUCGUCGGAGACGGCGGUGAAUGAGCCGGAGGGAAAGCGAAGGAGAAGAGGGAGGGGAAUGCUGCAAGGAGCGAGAGUGCUAGCCAGAGCUUUGCUGGAGUGUGAGGACCGGCGGGACAAGCGUCACCGUGAGCUAAUGGAGUUGGAGGAGCGCCGCCUCCGCAUGGAGGCGGACCGGACGGAGAUGAGCCGGCAAGGCUUCGCUGGACUUGUCUCCGCCGUCAACAACCUCUCCGGCGCCAUCCACUCCCUCGUCUCCCACCACCUCCAUCACUCUACCUCCGGCCAACGCUAAAACACACCACCACCACCCUGGCUUAUCGAGUUUCGGGUUUCGGAUUCUCUGUAAAACGGAUUCGGGUAGAGAUUUUUAAUCCCCAAAAAAAAUUAAUAAUAAUAAU